AUGGACAAAGCUUUAAAAUACGGCCGAUCGGACUUUGCGCAAGUCGGGACCACGAAUCGCGGCUGUAUGCGCGUUGUUCCUGGCGACCGGAGCAAGAAGGCCCUUGAUAAGGUCUUUAAAAUGCGAGCAUUUUUUUGAUUUGGAUUUAGAUCGCGGUUGGCGCUCAAAACGGCUGUGUGAUUUGCUUGACGAGAAAUUCCAAUGAUACUCAGGUGAAUAGAAGAAAAAAAGAAUGAAUUUAGUUGAAUAGAUGUACUUUUCCAUUGAAAUUAUGUGUGUAUGUUCCCUUUAAAAGCUCAAAAACUGAUUUUUAUCGUUUUUUCCCGCAGAUCCUGUUCAAAACGAUGCCGGGCGCUCCGAUCGAGUGCAUGUGUAUGAGUGGCGCCAGUGGAACCUUGAAGGAUAAGGUAUUAUUUUAAAAAUAAUGUUAAUAUAUUAAGGUGGAGCGUUCGGUUCAUUAAUUCUUAGCUCAAUCUAAAGAUAAAUUUUCAGGAGGGCAUUCAUUUUUUGCAUGGAGAGGUUAUAAAGGCGAAGAACUUUUUUUGACCAGUAUUUUUUUUUUGGUUAGGAAUGGACUUAACGAACAGCAAAAACGCUUCAUUAUGACCUGAAACGUUGGUUUUCAGUUGUUUCAAAGUGAUCGUGACAAUUUUUCGAAUGUUCUGUCAACGAAAUUAAAUGAACCGGAUCGAAGGUUUUCAAAAUAAAUUCUCUGAAGUUGAAUAAUUGAACUCCACUAAAAUCAGAUUACUUUUGAAUUGGCGCCAAAAACUCAUCGCGACCGCUUUGCAUUAACACUGUAAUUGAGAAAUGAAGCACUUUCAUGCCCGAAUAAUUGAAUUUUAAUUUUCGAGCCUUUAUUUUGAUAACAAAUUGCCUUUGAAUUCAUCAGAAUUGGUUGGAACCCACUUUAGAGUACUUUUGCUUUUGAGCUCAUUUUGAUUUUUUCUUAAAAGAAGAAUUUUUUAAAUGUCCUUGUAAGGCUUGAAGUCCGAAUUUUCUAGAAAAGUUUUGGUCGUAUUGAGAAUAGCCCCAUAAGGGCCACUUUAGAGUUGUUUUACAUCUGAGCUCGUUUUUACUUUUUCAUAAAAAGAAGAUUUUCUAACUGUCCUUGUAAGGCUUAAAAGUCAAAACUUUCUAAAAAAUUUGGUCGCAUUGAGAAUGACUCAAAGCGUCGCUUGAGGCUUAAAAAUGAAUUUUGAUCCAAAAGUUUCAUUUAUUGAGAGGAGUCUAAGAAGAUUUUUGGAAGAGUCAUUUUGAAUCAACUUUUCGAAAUUUCCAAAAAAAAAAACUUUAAAAAUUCAUUUUUAAGCCUCACGCAACGCUUUGAGUCAUUCUCAAUGCGACCAGAACUUCACUAGAAGGGGAAAUUAGUUGUACAUUAAAUGAAGGUUUUUAUCAGAAUACGUUUUUUGUACCUAGACAGUUUUUUUUAAACCAAUGAUAAUUUUUUUCAAAAAUAAAGCUUCGAAGAGUGUGUUCAGAUAUUCGUGGCAUCAGAAACAAGCGUCCGUGGAAUCAACAAAAGGGCAAGAUUUUUCUUCUCUUUCGACACGAACAUGGCUGAAGUCGCCAAAAAGAAUGUUUGUAUCUUCAAAUUUUGAAAAAGAUUUUCAUGAAAAAAAGACCUAGGUACGUUCAGACCUAUAUAAAGUUGAAAUUAGUAGGAAAAAAAGAAACUAUCAAUGUUAUUUUUCGAAUUUUAGAAAUGAUCUUCCUUCUCUUGUUUUUUUCCGCGUUUUUCUUUUUUUCCAACUGUUCCGUUAAUUAUUUCUCGUGUCCUAAUCCUCUUUGGCUGACUGACGUGAUCUAUUUCAAAAAAAGGAAAGAAAAAAAGAAUUUCCAUGAAAAAAAAUGGGGAAAAUGGAAAAUUUUUUUAUAAAAGCCUAUAAAAAAACUGGAGGAAUUAUGAAAAAGUCGUAUUAAUUUUUCGUAGAAAAAUUUUCCUGCACAAUCAAUACCUUUUUUCAUUGAUAAAUUGAAUGUGCAACAACUUUUUCGAUAUGUUUAACUUGGAAAAAAGUUUUCUCGGAAAUUAUGGGUUGAAUUUUAGUUAUGUAUCUUUUUUCUAGGUUUGUACAUGGCGUUGAGUUGGUCUUGACGGGAAAAAAGAGCUACAACCAUUACCACGACUGUGCUGAUACCAAUGUGAGUUUGGAGUUUGGAAAUAUGGGAAUAGUAUACCUUUUUGAAAGAUCAUGAAAUUUACUGUGUUCUUUCGUUUAAAUUUGUACAACGCUAUCCUUUUCAACGAUAAUAAUACAUUUUAAAAGAAUAAAACAAUUAAAAAACGAUCAAAAUUAGAAUCAAAACCAAAAAAAAAUUAGCGUGGCCGAGGUUGGCAAAUCCGCAAGAUGCGCGCUAUCGCACAAAUCGAAACAGCGGAGUGUCGUUCCAUGAAAUUUCAACUUGUGGCACAUCGACUAUAAAAGCUCGAGGGGUUUUGAUGAAAUCAAUCAUUUGUUCUGUUGUUUUAGUCCUAGAUGUAAUUGACUAGGCGGUGAACAUGAACUCUUGGAGCUAUAACGAACAAAGAAGUCUAGACGAGUAAUUGAUCAAGUUGAAUGAAGAAGUCCAGAGGUGUAGUUGAUCAAAAUGAGUCAAGAAGUCCAGACGUAUAGUUGAUCACAUUGAGUCAAGAAGUCCAGGCGUGUAAUUGAUCACAAUGAGUCAAGAAGUCCAGACGUGUAGUUGAUCACAAUGAGUCAAGAAGUCCAGACGUGUAGUUGAUCACAAUGAGUCAAGAAGUCGGGACGUGUAGUUGAUCAAAAUGAGUCAAGAAGUCCAGGCGUGUAGUUGAUCAAGUUGGAUCGGUAAGUCCAGACUUGUAGUUGAUCAAGUUGAAAGAAUGGUCUUACGGUCCCUCGCCUCGUUUUUCAGCGCGUAGUUCAUCCAGGUGCGCCUUAACGGGAUCAGACUUGUUUUUCGGCUCGUGAAACUGUCGUUGAUCAAGAACGGCACCUAGAAAAUCCGCCUCUUCUUUGAAUAGUAGUAGCCGAUUCUUGAGCGUUCUUACCAGCUCCAUCUCCUUGUUCCUACUAGGAAAAGUUCGCGUCGGUCUACUCAGUAUUUACCCUGAAUGAUAGCCUAAACUACGAUUUCAGUACCUCCUCUCAUCGGAAGACGUUCACGACGUCGUGAGUUUGAUCGCCGAAGGUGCCUGGGGCGACCGGCCUUUCACCUCGGUUCUGGCGUGCAGUGAUUCCACUUUGAAGGUUUUUUGUGGAAAUCUUGAAGUAAAAUAGAGCUUCAGCUGCGUUAAAUUCACAUUUUUUGAGUAUCAAGGCUGACUGAAGCCUUUCAAAUUUUUUCUGGCUUGUAUUUUUUUUUCAAGUUUUAGCCUUCUAUUCUUAUUUUCUGAUUAACCUGCGAAAUGUUUUCAAAAAAAAUUUCAUUAAAUUCAUCUGAGCCGCGGUUGAAUGUUGAUUUAAAAAAGGUCAUUUUUGCGGCUUUUUUUUCAAAACUUUAGCCUCCAAAAGCAAAUUUCAGGUGAUCGAAGGCUCAAAAAAAAAGGCCGCGGCUAAAUUUUCAUUAAAAAAAAAGCAAUUUUUCAGGCUUUUUUCUCAAAAUUUCAGCCUCCAGAAGCAAAUUUUAGGUGAUCGAAGGCUCAAAAAUCGGAUACGAGAUCCGGAUGCAGGACGUACCGUACACCUUGUACCUGUUCAUGGGUGACGGUGGCUACAGUAAGCACCUGGUACUGUAUGGGACCAAAAGCGGCAAGAUCGGGCUCGCCUCGGUCCCUCCGGGCGGUGGGAAGGUCCUGUGGGAGAUGGAAACCACGUCUACUGGUGGUAAGCCUUGGAAUUGGUCACUUUAGGGAUUUUUUGGGGUUUUUGGCGAGUUUUGUCUCUCGUUUUACGUUUUAGGUACCAUGAAGUUUGAAUUUUGGAAAUUUGAAAAAAAAAAUCAAAAAGACAAAAACUUUUGAAACUGCUCUAUUGAGCUACGUCUCUGAUUGGCUGGACACGCCCCUUUUUUCUGAAUAAAUGCAGUUUUUGACUAAAUUAUAUAGAGUUACAGUUCGAAUCUGAAUAAAAAUGGUGGUCACAGUGGGGAUGGCUCAAGCGUUUUUAAUGCGACUGCGCCCGACCAUGAAACGACUUGCGCAAGCUGGUAAUCAAACCGAUUGGAGAUAAUUUUCUUGACCGCAACGCGUCGAGCCAUUCUAAAUGCGACCAGAGUUUUUGAGAGAAGAGAAUCGCUGCUUUUCGAAAUUUUGAGAUAAAGUUCUGAGCCUUUAUUUUGGGCCGCAGCGCGACCGCAACGCGUCGAGCCAUUCCGGUUGCGGCCAGGACGUUUAAUCUUGAAUUUUCUCAUAGAAAAUUUCAGCUCUAUGUCAAAUUUGAUACAAAGUUUGAUGGCGAUACUAUUUUUGCAAAAAUUCAGCCAUCACCGCGAUCACCUGCUUCACCUUGACCGGUUCACAUUUUCCUGACGUCAUCAUCGGCAAAGAAGACGGCGUCGUUGAAAUCUAUACCGUGGAUGAGACGGAUAAAUGUUCGCUCCAUGGCUAUUUCGUGAGUGCGUCUCGAGAUGAAAAUGACGUCAUUCGUUUGAAGCAAUGCGAUGAGACGAUCACUUCGAUCGCCUGCGGCUAUGUUUCCUCGCCGGACGAGCCGGAAAUCGUCGUUUGUACUCAUACUGGCGAGUUUGUUUCGAAGAUUUGUAUGAAAUGGUAUUUUCGGAAAUGGAGAGGUUUCUGUCCUGGUUUAGCCAAUUGUCACCUUUUCUUCUUUUCCAAAAAGACCGUAUUCCAAAUUUGAUCAACUUUUACCAAUUUCGGUUCAAGACCCUAAAUUUUUGCAGUUCUACAGAGUAAAAGUACAAAAAAAGCUGUUUUCACGGAUUUUUUCGCUCUCAUUUUGAAAAUGCCAUAUUGUUUUCUGUUGAAAAUGUGAAAAUUUGAGAUCCAAUGACCUUUUAAAUCUUGAGUAUGACUCCAGGAGAUUGAAAAUAAUCCAUUUUUUUCUUUUUUUGAUUCUUACGAGUAAAAAAAUGAAGUCAUUUUUUAGAAAAAAAUCACGUCUAAUUUUUUUGAAAAUUUAAGUCGCAAGAACAUCUAACAUGCUUUUUAGAGAAAAAAAUUUGAAUGAGCCGGAAAAAAAAUAUUACGGUAAUAGAAGGGAAAGAUUUGAACUUACCCAGCUGUAAAAUUAUUUUUUUGAUCUACCCCGCGAAAUUGACGAUCAACUUGUAUUGGCGGGAAGUCGCUAUUUUUAUUUUUCAUUGAAGUUUUUUUGUGAAGUUCCCCUCCCCCCUCCCCUUUUUUUGGCUCUCUGAAUUUUUUUAUGGCUGAAUUAUUCUAUAUUUUCAUUCUCAUACUGUCUUUGUGGUCCAUAACGGUUACCAAGGCAAAUUUAGACCUUUUUUCAAUUUUCUGUUGGUUUAGAUACAGAUUUUGCUUCUAUGUGAUUAAUAUUAUAUCCUCUUCUUCAUAUUUUCUUGAAACGAAAAUAACAAAUUCCAUGAAAAAGACCUUUACAGGCUGGAUCUUCUCCCUCUCGAAAAUCACCAGAAAUGCGAACGAUUUGGCCCCCCAGGCGGCAAAUAUCAACGUGAAAAUUCAGCAAUUGAAGUGAUAAAUCUUUAAAAAUCGUUUUGCUCAAGAAAGAAUAUUUUCAGAACCGAGGUGGAAGACCUGGAGACGAAAGUCACCGAAGAGCGGCAACGUUACGACGACAUGACGAAGAAACAAGGCGCGAACGGCGUCGCCUUUUUGCCCUAUUUUCAGGUUAUUUUCGUCCUUAUUAACAAUGUUUUGUAUGUAGUUUGGUAUAGCGAGAAAUGAGGAUUCAGAAAAUGUAGAUUUUGUGGGGAAAUUUGAAGUUUGGGGGAAGUUAUGAUUUUUCAAAGAGACAAUUUUUUUUUUUUGAGAAAGGUAAAGUAUUCUGGUUAAAAAAUCUCUACUUUUAGGUUCAUUUUGUCCUUAUCACUUUCUGUAAAAGAUUUUGUAGAAGUUUUCUUUUUCCACUAAUUUAUUAAUUGAAAAUUUCGAACGAAGGGUUUGAGAGUGUAAAUUAAGAUGUAUACUUUUCAAAACUUCUGGAAAAUUUCAAAGAAGUUACGAUUUACUGAGGAGAAAACACGGUUUUUCUGAAAAUUGCAUUAUUUUUUUUGUAAGAGUUUCAGUUUUUUUUGGUAAUUUUAUGAUUCAAUAUGUUUUAUGUAAGGCUUUAGAGCCUGUUCAGGAAAUUCAGACCGUCCCGGACGAUAUCGAAAAAGUUAUUAUUUUUUGAAAAAAAAAAUUUGUAACGACCUUUAGUCGGCAAUUUUCCAGGUCUACGACAAAUUCGAGUUCAGCCCUCAACUCGGCGUCUACAACCUGACCAUUGAGUUGGUGAUUCCAAUCGAUUUCUUGUUGAUCCAGGUGAUUUUUAUUGACUUAUUAAACAAAAAUCAAUCAAUAAAACAUAUUCCAGAGCAAAAUGCCGAUUCGCCUUGUUGAGGUGGAGAAAAACGCGUCGGUCGUCUGUGAGAUCCGCCAGUCGGAGAUGGUAUGCGGCUACCGUAACCCUUCGUUUCGAGACCAUUUUUUUGAAGAAUCCAUGGCCUCUUCUGGCUUCCUACCGUUGUCAGGCGAACAUUUGCCGACUGGAGUUGAGGGUUCAAGUUGAGGAGGGCGAAUUCGGCGACCUCUACGUCUACAUUUGCCCCAAAACUUUCCCCAAAGUCGUUCAGGUUGGUGAUUUUUAGUGCUCAAGGGACCACUUGAUAAAAAAAUUCUGAAAAAAAUUUUAGUGUUGAAAAAAUAAAAGGAGAAGUUUGCGAAAAGCUACACGGCGAUUAUGACGUCAUUUAAAAGUUUCCUGGUGACGUCACAAGUCCAAAAGUCUGACAAACGCCAAGAAAUUAUGCCACAGAAGAUUCUGAACUUUGUGACGUCGCUAUCAGACCCUUGAUGACGUCACGAGCGCAGAAGUGUGACGUCACCAAGAAAGUUUUUUUUUUACGAUGUUAACCAUAAUUUAUGACGUCAUUAUCAGCUACUGGGUGACGUCACUACGAUAUAAGCUUCUACAGGCAAAAGGGAGCAUUUUGAGAUCAUCUUUCGACUUCUUGAUGACGUCAGGAGUACAGAAGAUGUUGAUUUUUAUGACGUCACUAGUAACUUUUAGUGUCAGGGUUCUGAAGACCUUUCAGAAAAAAGUUGUGAGAGAAAGGAUCAAAAUGGAUGACAUCAUUGUCCACUGUGAUGACGUCACUGGCCUGAAUAUGCUUCUAAAAAGACUGAUGAAUGACGUCAUUCCUCUGGAAGGUUCUGAUGACGUCAUUCCUCUGGAAGGUUCUGAUGACGUCAUAAAAUUGAGAAAUUCAUUUUCGACGUUACCAAUGACCUUUGAUGAAGUUUCACUGCAAGGCAACACGUUCGGAUAUUUAUUAUUUGCGUGGGCUCAUUUUUCACGAUGACGUCAGUUCAAUCGAUCGAUUCGGGGCGGAAUCAGAGGGCGAGGGCGCAGCAGCUGAUGCAGUCGCGGGCGUUGGAAUAGAAGCAGCCGAGGUUGCAUCCGCAUUUAUCCAGGCUUCGCUUUUCGAUUGGACCGUCGUCUCGCAUCUGAAGGCCUUCUUAUUAGUUAAAGUUCUUUGAAAUAGUAUCAGCGUUGUUGCUCAACAGGUUGGGAGUUUGCAUACGGUCCAAAGGGUUACAAGUUCGAUCCCCAUCGCGGCCGAACUUGCCUCACCAACUUGGGACGCCGAAGGCGUGAAAAAGGACAUUUAGCAAAGUUCAAAAAAGGUUAUUUGGACCUUGAGGCAAACGCCGUAGCGCAACUGGUUAAGUCUCUGUCUACGGUACGAAGGGUCGCAAGUUCGAUCCUCACCACGACCCAACCAAGAAGUUAAUGAAAAAUCACAGAUUUAUGAUUCCCACCCGAUACACACAUGUACGACCAGGCCAUUAGAGCCCGUCCAAACUGCAAAAAAAAGAUCUACCUUUUUAUAUGUUUUGCUAGGGAAUGAACUUAUCGAACUGUGGCAUCUGAUAGAGAUUCAUCUUAUACAAUCCGUUAUUCCUGACCUAGGAAUUGAUGGCCGCACGUCUACCGUAGUAAAUUGUUGCAAUUGUGAAGCGGAUUUUUGGCGGGAAUUUCAAAUCAAUAAAGAUCAAAUCGAAAUAUAUUUUUUCAACUAAAAAUUUUGGCAAAAAAAAAGAUUUUUCUACUUUCGACAACAAGGCUUUCAAAUUGUGCCUCAAUUGUUUGUUCUCCUGGCAAAAUUUUACUUGGGAAAAAUGGGAAGACUUAUUGGAUUAUGAAGAUAGUUACUUUGCACUUUUUAAAAACCAGUUUUCAACUAAAAAAUGAGUAAAACUAAAGGACAAAAAGUACAAAAAAGCUAAGAAAGAAUCUAAAAAAGUUGUUCAAAAGUUUUGAUAGCUUUUUUAAAAACUUUGAGCGACACACAACAUGAUGAACAGCACAGAAAUAGUCAUCCGCCACAACUUGGGACAGUCUGACCCGUCUGAUCUCUCUUUUCCCUCACCGGUGACGUCAUAGAAACAGUGAAACAGCACGUAAGCACGAGAGAGCGUCGAGAAAACGGACUUUUUCUAGCUGCGAUUGAAGCUUUGAGAGGAGAGAUAAGGAUUAUUUUAUUUUGAAAAAAAACUAUUUUUUCAGGGGAUAGUCUGUUCAUAAGGAACUCAUAGAUCUUAAAGUCUCACCUGAAAAUGUCGGAUCAGAAAAAAUGGCGAGCACUGAACAAGGGCUAAAAUAGCGACGAGAAGGACGAAAACGGCGAGCGUGGGUCGCAUGGCGUCCGCGGAAUGAAAUGGAAUAUUUUUUCGGCUUCCUAAUUUGUCCCAAAACUUUGCUUUGACCCCAAGAAGAGGAGGCGGACUUGUGACGCAGUUUCCAAGAUUCAUUUACAAACGGAACUUUUGAAAAAUUCGUUGAAUAAAGGCACGUUUCAGGUGCAAAUCUACCAAAUCAAAGCGUUGUCGGCACACGUCCGAGUUCAUAAUUUCGACAUGAAUCGACCCGCCAAUGUUCUCUCGUUCACAGGUUUUUUUUUUGGGGGGGAUUUAAAAAUAGUCAGGCUUUUUUCCGGAGGAUAGUCUAUUCAUAGGGAACUUAGCAAGCUUCAGUUUCCAUUAAGAGCAUAGCCUAGUCGCUUAGCCGCGUCGCACAGUAAUAAAACACCUGGAAAGAGAUUAAUUUUUGAAAAAAUACUAUCUUUUUGAAGGAUAGUCUGUUCAUAUUGAACUCGACGAGCACCAGUUUUAAUCAAGAGCAUAGCCGAGUCGCAUAGCCGCGUCGCACAGUAUGAAAAAACCUGAAGAAAAUCAGAUCAUAAAGACUCUACUGUAUCAAGAAGGAUAUUGUUUUUUGCAGCCGAGUCGCAGGAAAACUUGAAAAUUUGAGUAUGACGUCAUGUUAUGUACAGCCGAGUCGCUUUACCGCGUCGGAUGCAGUUUCAAAAUCCUAAAAAAAGCUUCACUUGUUCGAAUUUGGUGGUAGCUCUCGAGUUUAGCCGAGUCGCUUAGCCGCGUCGCUUUGCCGAGUCGUCUAGCCGAGUCGCUUAGCCGCGUCGUUUAGUCGCGUCGUUCAGCCGAGUCGCUUAGCCGAGUCGCUCAGCCGGGUCACUCAGCCGAGUCGUAUAGCCGCGUCGAUUAGACGAGUCGCUUAGUCGAGUCGCUAAGUUUUUCUUCAUAGUCUUAAAAUGCUAAAAGACGACUCGGCUAUAAAAAAAAGUUUGACACUGAAAAAUCCAAAAAGCUCUUUUUCCAGGCCAGUUCUCGAUUUCUGAGGCUCAUUCCUGGCUCCACCAGCUCCUGCCGGACAUUCCGAUCAAGUGCCCCCCGACAGACACUGUGACGAAUAACUUCCAGUCGGCAACCAAUGGAGGAACUCAGCUUCAAGUCACCUAUUCGUCAGUUUUGAGUUCAUAUCAGGAAUUUCUGUAAAAGACGGUCGGUUUUUCGCGACUUGGAGUAUUUUUUUCUCUGCGCCCUCCUUUGUUCUCGGCGACCCUCUUAUCUUGCCGUGCUAUUUUCAUGUUUUUCUGACCCCGCCGGUGAGGGAACAGAGAGACGCAGACAUUCAAAAAGUGUGGGCACGGGCUUUAUAAGGGCUAUCCUCAAGUUUUUUUGAGUUUGAAGAUAAUUUUGAAGAUUUAACGGUUUUCUGGAACAUAUUUCUUCAUAAAAUGAGCACUUUCGAAGUCCGAUUAAGUACUAUACGAAUUUUGAAAAUGUAAAUAACUAACCAAUCCGAAAAAACUUUGGAAGUUUCAAAAAUAACCGAAUCGGCCGAGUUUUCCAGCAUCCAGCCUCAUAUUGACGUUUGAAAAAGUUCGAAUGGAAAGAAAAAACACGAAACUUUCAGAAAGAGUGAGCUUUUGUAGCGACAAAAAUGAUGAGUUUUACAAAAAAGCCAUGGAAAUUGGAGUAAGGCCAAUUGCGCUCCAUGGCGAAUUAAGAGAGCUUCAGUUUUUUUUUGUUUAUGGGAUUUUUUUUUGAGAAUCCUAGAUCUUUAUGAUUUUUUUGAGCUGAAAUUCAUAAUUUCCAGUUUUUGAAAUGAAAAUUUAGCAUCGGAUUAGUCUCAAGGCCUAUUUUUGGGCUUUCUCGAAGUUUUUGAAACUGAAGAUAAUUGUUCUAGGGAACACUUAAGAGGCCGGAUGCUACUAAAGGGAUCACUAGAAAUGGCCCGACACAACGGGAGCGCCUCCGAGUGCUUGGAUUAGCCUUGGAGCGCGUUUUCAGCGAAAAUCCGGGAGCGCCUCCGAGUGCUUGAAUUAGCCUUGGAGCGCAUUUUCAGCGAAAAUCCAAACUUUUUCUGGCUUUUUUCAGUCAUUUAUCCACAGAAUUCUUCCAGAAGAGGCUCGGCAGUGUUCCGAUCGGACUGUAUGUCGACGAUUGCUGUGAUUCGAGAGCGAAUUUCCGAGGAAACCCUCCAGAAACAGAUCCGAACCGAUGUCAGAUGUGGUCAGUGGAGAAAAAGUUCAGAAAAAUCGAUAUUCUCCUUCAGAACUCGACGAAGACAGCGUUGAGCACUGCCUGAAGCUUCUGGACCCGAAAAUGUCGCAUUUAAUCAACUUGGAGAAGCGGCGGAUGUACUCGGCCGCUUUGAAAGUAUCUUUUUUGACAUUUGGGACUCACUCGGAUUUUGAAACCGGGCCCGAAAAAAAAUGUCGAAGAGGUCUGUGUGGAGAGUUGUGAAGGCCGAAAAAAUUGAAGCUUGCCUCAGGAAUUCCAGAGGGGUCACUAUAGGGGUUAGGGGUAAAAACCCAUAUAAGAACCGAAAUAUGGGUCCCUAAAGGGGUAAAAUCAAGGUGGUCCUUAUAGGGAUUUACAGUAUGAUCCCUUAGCCCCUGAAGCUCAAGUGGACCCUAUAAGGGCCAAUAAAGGGGUCCCUAUCGGGGUAAAAUCAAGGUGGUCCCUAUAGGGAUUUACAUAAUGAUCCAUAACCACCCAAAGGGGCCGAAAAAGUGGCCUUUUUAGGGACCACGUCCGAAAAAUUGGGGUCAAAAAGUGGUCUCUAUAGGGGUAAAAUCAAGGUGGUCUCUAUAGGGGUUUACAGUGUGAUCUCUUAGCCCCUGAAGCUCAAGUGGACCCUAUAGGGGCUAAUAAAGUGGUCCCUAUCGGGGUAAAGUCAAGGUGGUCCUUAUAGGGUUUGGGGUAUGAUCCCUUAGCCCCUGAAGCUCAAGUGGACCCUAUAGGGGUCUCUCGAUUUGAUUCAAAACGCCCAUGGAAAUACUUCUUCGUUAGAGUUCAUAAAAAUUAUCGACCAGCAUUUCCCCUAUAGGGACCACUUUUGCAAGUUUUAGUGGACCCCAUAGGGGUUGGUAAAGUGAACCUUAAAGGGGACCUUCUAAGGCCCCUUAAGGAUGCCUCUAUAGGCACCACUCUGUAGUUCCUAAGGCUCACUAGGAUAUUUCUAGCUCUUGAAAGAUUGCAAAAAAAAAAAUCAUAUUUUGGUCUAUAUUUAAAAAAAAAUUAAUUCCUGCUCAAAAAGCUUGAAUUUUCUUCAAGUCAAAUGUCAAGCUUUUCAAAAUACAGAUACAGAUUUUUUGGACUAUGAAAGAUUAUCACUUUUUUUCCAAGGCUCGUACGAGGGCUGGCCCUGCCCAGUUUCUUUUUGCCCUGAUCCGGGCCAGCCCGGUCAAAAAAAGCAAAAAAAUGUAUUACGAUGAAAAUCAAGUUUUUUUUUUUUUAAUAUUUGAAGUUCAACAGAAGCUAUGAUUUCCCAAGUGAUAAGAAUUCCUAGGUUAUUGAAUUUUAAAAAAUGUUUUUCAAAGCCCGGGAUAGCCCAAGCUCGCGCAGACCUCUUCGCAAAAAAAGCUCGGGCCAGGCCGCCCAGCCUGACGCAGAAACCCGCCUUUUUCGGUAACUUUUUCUGAAAUUUUUGAGCCUAGACUUGAAAUCACCGCUUCUGAUGAACCGAAUCUUUGAAAGAAGCCCCAUCCGACGGACUUUGGACCGACCUUCCAAAUGGAAACGACGUCACAAAGUUUGCAGAUUUAAAUAGACGCCGACAAAGUGGUGUUUAUGUAUCAAAUUGCCAUGGGCCGGAAACGACGUCUGCAACAUCUUUUCAUUCAUUUUUUGUCUCGUCUUGCAGGAACUCGAGGCAAACAACGACGACGUCUCCUUCCUCAGCGAGGAGAACGCCGAGAUGCUCAGGAAUCAUGACGUCAUCUUCCAGCAGGCCGACGCCGACUCCUUGGAGGUGAGCUUUGGGGAAGCUUUUUGGGAGGUCGGAGGGAAGAUUGAGCAUCUUAAGAAUGAACUAGUAACUUCAAAAAAAAAUGACGGCUAGCUUUUGAUGCUAAGGGGCGUGGCCUGUCCAUUAACAAGGCACUAUUUCGUUCUUCAUCGUGUCAGGACCUUUUUUCUGAUGGCUCAAGCUAGCAAAAAGUCGAACCGAAAAAGUGGUCCCUAUAGGGGUUUAACGUCUGACUCCUUAGCCUCUGAAGCUUGUGGGGUCUUCCAACUUCAUUUAAAAAUGCUUUCAGUUUUGCAAGAUUUAGCGGCCCCUAUAGUGGUUGGUACAGUGGUCCCUAUAGGGGUCUUUCAAUUUAAUUGAAAAAAAAAACUCUUCUUUAUUCAAUUUUUCACAUCGAAAAGCGAGCUGUAGUGGCUGCUAUAGGGGUUGGUAAAGCGGUCCCUAUAGGGUUAAAAUCAAGGCGGUCCCUAUAGGGGUUUAACAUCUGACUCCUUAGCUCCUAAAUUAUAAGUGGUCCCUAUAGAGGUCUUUCAGUUUCAUUUGAAAAAACGCUUUCAGUUUACGCUUGAAAUAGUACAUAAAAAUUAUCGACAUGUCCCCUGUUGGGGCCAUUGACUAAAACCCCUACAAGGACCACUUUUGCAAGCUUCAGUGGCCCUUAUAGGGGUUGGUGAAGUCGAGCCUAGAGGGAACCCUUCAAGGGCCAAUAAAGAUGCCCCUAUAGGAACCACUGAAAUUCAAGAUUUUUUUAGGACAGUGGGAUCCUGAGCAUCUACGAGAAUCUCCUGAGAGACCGGGCCCGACUGUCCGGCCGAUCAAUUCGUGGAAAAGUAUUCCAAUAAACUUUUCAAAUUCAAAUCGCAAAUUUUCAAGGUCGAACAACUGCGAACAUUGCUCCUCGAGGACUACUCUUUACCGAAAAUCGUUGCAUUCUUCAAAAGCUCCAACGAGGAAUGA